UUCAGUUUGUGUACUUAUAUACAGUUAUACCACGAAAGUCAGAACCACGUCUGAGAAACCAAAGCCCCGGACUAAAACCUGUCACAACGACAAAACCAAUCAACAGAGCACAACCAAAAGUCCAACCAAGCCAGCCUUUGAAAAUCUAACAAAGAUUUCCAAAUUGUCUCUCCCCAAAUCCCCUGUUUUUACCCUCUCUCGAAGUCCCAGAAAAAGAUUUUUUUUUUUUAACAAAGAUGGCUGUACAUUGGGCACUGGUAUGCCAUGGCCUGCUGACCCUUACAGUUGUUGUUGCUUUUCUUUGUGGGCAGUGGCCUAUCUUCCAAGGAACACCCAUCAGCUCCAUCCACCGUUUCAUCACUUUUGGAGCCUACCAAUACUUCCUGAAGUUUAUGGGGGCUGUGUUUGGAGAUAAGGGAACGAAUUUGAUCCUUUCUGUCGAGUAUUAUUGUUGUGAUAGGCCUAAUCCUGUUUUGCAGAUUAUAUACUUGGCAAUAAUUGGAGCAACUUAUUACAUUAUAGCAAAGACGUCCUUUAGCUAUAUCCCUGGCUAUUAUCUUAGUGGAGUUCAUAGGUAUACAAGCUUGUUGGCAGUUGGUAUCGGCAUUCUGCUCUUUCUAUUGACUAGCUUUUCUGAUCCAGGAACUGUUAAGGCAGAGAAUGUCUCACAAUAUCUAUCAGCUUAUCCUUAUGACAAUAUCAUAUAUACAGAGAAAGAAUGCUCGACUUGUAAACUUCCAAAACCUGCUAGAUCCAAGCACUGUAGCAUAUGCAAUCGAUGUGUUGCUCGCUUUGAUCAUCAUUGUGGAUGGAUGAAUAAUUGUAUAGGGGAGAGAAAUACCCGAUACUUCUUGGCUUUUCUUUUAUGGCAUUUCCUUCUUUGCAUGUACGGGACAAUUGCUAUUGGAUUGGUUCUUGCUGGACGGUUGAAAGAAUUGAGAGUUGUAUAUAUUUUGACAGUUUAUUAUGGUGUAGAUAAUUCUUUUGGCAGUUUAGCUCCUCAUAUUGUGCAGUGGCUGUUGGGCUCAUAUAACAGCCAAAUACUUCUUAUGGUGUUUAUGGCCAUAGUUUCUCUCUUAUUGGCGGGUUUCUUUGCAUAUCAUGCUAAUCUUUGUCUCACAAACACCACAACAAAUGAGACAUUCAAGUGGCAAGACUACAUAAGCUGGCAGAAGAAACUGAGCGAAGCAAGAGCAAGUACUGCAGCAUUGAAAGCAAGCAUCACUGGAAUGAAUAGCGAAGGAAAGCCUCCAGAGAGCAAAUGUAAAUCCUUCUUCAGAAGGUCCCCCCUAGAGGAUACUGAAGCUGUUGUAAGGAAUAAUGUGUAUGAUAAAGGAUUCUUUCACAAUAUCUAUGAGGUAAUUUUUCCAGUUUCGACAAGAGCAUCACUUUUGUGGACCAAAUCAAAAUCUGGCUAAGGUUGUCAACUGUUAAUACAUAUUCAUUCACUGGCUUUCAUCGUGAUCUGUGCUUCUUGAUGGCUGUAUUACUUUCCAGGAAAAGGGAAACCCAUACGGCUUAUAAUUUGUAAGAACAGCAUUGUAGACUGUAGAAAUUGGAUGGAGUAGCCUUUCUUACAUCUCUGGUUUUUGUACUUGAGAACGCUGCUGAAACUCAAGCUAAUAUUGAUUUGGAUCAUGGAAUUAAAAUGGUUUGAAGGAGAAUAAAUUCAGAUUUA